AUGUUGGCCCGUACUUCCUGCCGACUGCCCAAGACCAUUGCUCGCAACAUCAGCUCUUCAGUCGUCGCGCGUGUUCAGCACCAUUCGCCUACGAGCUCUUCGUCCGAUGGACUUCAAGUUUCUCAGACUGAGAAGGCGUGGUGCGACGUCUAUGGUGUUGACUACGAGAAGCAGAUCCAAGAGGCACUGCAGGAGACACCGGUAGUGCCCAUGAGUUCACCGAAGAAUGUGAACUACCCCACGGCCACUCCGAAGGGUCUGGCCAAGUCGCAGAACAAGACGGACAUUUGGAACGUCGUGUUUGGCACCAAUGGUGCUACUUGA